GAGCCUCCAUCAACCCCUGUCUCUUUUACGCACCGAGUCCGAUAAUGCGCGCAGGUACGGGGCCCCUUAUCGCCACAUUUCGAGCCGCCACACUGAGCAAUCCAUCUCCUCUUAUGGACUAAUAUGAAAGAAGUGGAUGCAGAGGUCUGACACAGCCAAGACAGGAGGCAUAUUUCUUGUGCAUCGAUUCUUGUUUUCCACCACCGAGCGCCAGCAUGGAUGUCUUAGCGAACUACAGUAUCUUUCAGGAACUUCAGAUCGUCCACGACACCGGCUACUUCUCCGCCAUGCCUUCGCUGGAGGAAAACUGGCAGCAGACCUGCCUCGAACUGGAGCGCUACCUGCAGACGGAGCCCAAGCGUCUGUCGGAGAUCUUCGACCAGGACCUGGAUGGCCUCCUGACGCCGGCCUACCAGAAGGAGGACGGCGAGGAGGAGCUGACGGACGCCCUGCUGCUCCCCAGCCCGCCCCCCGCCCUCCCGGAGCCCCUGAGCCCGCCUCCGGUCGUCCUCUGCGCGGCGCGGAAGAAUUUGCUUAAGGCCAGCGGGCUGGAGGGCGCAGACCGGAUGGAAGGGGUCCACCAGGCCCAGCUGAGCGCCGUCACCUCCCUGACGCCGCCGUCGUCGCCGGAACUCGGCCGCCACCUGGUCAAGUCCAACCAGACGCUGACGGCGUCGGCGGACGGGACGCUCACCCUGAAGCUGGUGGCCAGGAAGGUGGGGCUGAGGACGAAGGACGAGGAGGACGGGGCGGCGUGCGUUAUCGGCGCGGGGGAGCUGCCGGAGAACAAGAAGAGGAUCCACCGCUGUCAGUUCAACGGCUGCAGGAAGGUGUACACCAAGAGCUCCCACCUGAAGGCCCAUCAGAGGACGCACACGGGUGAGAAGCCGUACAAGUGCUCGUGGGAGGGCUGCGAGUGGCGAUUCGCCCGGAGCGACGAGCUGACGAGGCACUACCGCAAACACACCGGCGCCAAGCCUUUUAAGUGCAACCACUGUGACAGGUGUUUCUCGCGGUCGGAUCACUUGGCGCUACACAUGAAGAGGCACAUCUGAGAGAGGUCAGCGGGAGAAGGGGAUGGAGGCGGAGCGGAGGGACGAGAGGGAGCAUCGUCUGCAGAGAAACGACACCACGGAUGGGAGAGAGAGAAAGAGAGAGAGAGAAAACAGCGGGAAUGGACUCAAAGGAUUGAGAGGGCAGACUUCCUCUCCCUCGAACCUGCCACAGUCUUUUUUUUUCUUCUUUUUUUUUAUCGCCAAAGGGUUUAUCAUUUAAUCCACAGGACGGAAAACGAUUCGUCAACUCUUCCUCCGACCGCUGUCACGUCUGCCAACCGGAUCCAUUUAUAAAUCCUCCCGGUCCGACGCCAUCGGGACGCUUGUUUGAACGGAGCGUUAGAUUGGAUUUCUCCAAGACUGGAGGACGGGGAGUGCAUUGCUCUGACGUGAAGACGGAUCGGGGUCAUCCUGAGGACGAGCUUGCUUUGUGAACAUCAGGAUGAGGCUCGCUGCUCCACUCCGGGGGGAAAGGCCCCGAGAAUGUCAUCUGACACCGAGCGUCUCAAGAGAUGCCGGAUUUCAUUCUUCUUCUUCUCCUCUCCGGCAUCUCGGCUCCUACGAGUUUGUUCGCGAGGGACCCGUGCACAAUUGACUCUUUUCAAUUUUUUCCGUAAAAAACUGAAAUAAAAAAAGCCCCACCUAACAAUUUCGGGGACUCGGUGGGCGUCCACGUGCCGCCGGAGGUGCGGACAGCCACAUGCACAAGUCGGAAAAAGCAGCCCGGCGGACGGAGAUGGCACACCCGGCGCAAACGAGGCCACUCUGUAGGAUAAAGGACGGUAUUGUUUCUCAGAAAUAUCUCCUUUUUGUUGUUGUUCAAAACGGUUUGAAAAGACCAUUUUGGAAACGGAUGCAGCCCAAAACAAACAAGUGUCUACUGUUGAUGCCUGAAAUGAUCUCUUUGGCCUUGGAGAGUGAUUGGCAGCCAACUAGCCACCGGGCUGAGGAGGUGUCUUUUUUUUCUCCUAUCGCACCACCCACUCAGAACUCAUGCAACUCAGCGGCUCUCGGACUUCAUUUCAGAAAAGAAAGACAAAAAAAGGCAGCAUUCAGCUUUCCUAAUCGGACCCUAUGCAUGUCCGAGAGCAUCCUGCUGACUUCCUGACCACACACGUGUGUGUGUGUGUGAAUGCAGAUUGAUGGGCCAGAAGGACACUAACUCAACCAAUUGGGUCAAAUCAAUGUGAAUGUAUCUGUUCGUCUGUACAUGAAAAGACCGUUUGUCUCGAUACGGUAGAUUCCUUUUUCUUAUUUAUUCACAGCAGAUAUGAACGGCUCGGAGGAACUCGCCGGUCACGGCUGGGAGCUUCCGGCAUUUCACUGGUCGCACUGGAACCAGCGGGGAGGUCACGGAGUGCAUGUUUCCGGUGUACCCGGAGGAACGGCCCCCGCUUUGUCAGCAAAUGAUAACUCGCCCCGUCAGCGCAUGAAACUGCAGCGGAGUGAAACGCACACACACACAGACGAGACGCGUGCACAUACGCUCCCAGAAAAAACUGGAAUUAACAUUCGUCCUUGGCGGUCCGACUCUUGUCCGACAGAACGGAGACGCAGCACGUCUAGUUUAGGCUCCGGCGUCUCGUCUUCAAUCCACAAAUGGAUUUUUUUGGGGGGGCGAUCAUCGACUCGAGUGCACAUAAAACAAACCGGCGGCUCGGGCGGAAAAAAUAGUAAGAUUGCCGUCGGAGUCUCGCGACCGCGUUCGUUCUUUAUUUUACGUGCGGCGGGCCGCCUUUUGGCGACGGAGGCGGCAAAUUGAUUUCACUCUGUGUACCAGAGGCGCAUUUCAAUUUCGGGUACGAAUGCAUUCCAGCUCAAUCAUAUCGAGACCUGCUGGUUUACUGUCACACAAACAUUCUUACUGGCCAUCCGGGUGCAACCCACAUCAGUGCUAGCCCAUUCUUUUCUGCGUUUGUGGUCGUUAAUUAAAAAAAAGAAACGUACAAUGAAAUGAAAGUGAGAAAUGGUUUGAGGCGGCAAUGUCUGAGCAGGUUUGUGGUUCUCCGGCUUAGCCCCGCCCCUCCACGUGGACAGAGUCGAUGAAGAAUAAGCAGUUGGAACCCACGGGUUAUUAAAACUGCGUCAUCAAUGGCAGCUCUACUUGUGUGUAACUGAAUGGUUGUGUAUGUGUGGGAAUGUGCAGAACCGGAGUGUGUCGGUUUUCUUUUUUGUGGGUUCAUGUUCGUACCCAUCGUAGACUGGAGCGCCGGAUGCGGUUCUUCGCGGCCAUUUGAGACUUUUAAGGAGGAGAGACCGCGAGACACAUUGGAGGGGGCGGGGACAAUUGCAACAACAACAAAAACAUUUUGUGACUUUCUCAAGCUCAAAGACGGGGAUUUCAAAUGUGAAAUGUGAAUUUCUAGGAGAAUUAAAAAACGACGUUGUCCCCGGAGGGUGCGGUUCAGCUCGGUGUCAUCGCAAUGAAUGAUUGUCAAUUCUGCUGUGCCUGUGUGUUGUCUGUCUGUUUGUAUUUGCACUCUGAAUUUUCUGGAAAGAUCACUUGCAUAUCUGAUGUUUUCUGUCCGCCUGUACACACACACACACACACACACACACACAAACUAUGGUUAGAAAACACUGGUCGAUAAGUCUGUAUAGUAGCCGGUUUUUUUUAAGCACAUGUACACACUCUCGGAUUCACACACCAAACAACAUGCAUGAACACAUCCUGAACACACAGAUUCAAACACACACGUGCACACACACACACACACACACACUCUGUCCUUCUAAUGUGUAUUUUACCAUUCCUCAUGCCACCUUGUGGGAGUCAGAGAUCUAGACUGCAGCUUUUGCUCUCAGCGGAGGAGGGGAGGGGGGGGGACAUUGUUAUGUGUGACACCACCUCCGUUUCCACCAGGUCUGAAUUUCGAAUCAAACACCCUUUUUCUACCAGCAUCCCCCCCCCCCCCCCCCCCCGACCUCCUUCCAUCUCCUCAGAUACGACCCCUUUCAACUCCUGUCCUCAGUCCGACUCCCCCCUCCCGCCCCCUCCACCUUUUUACCUCCGUUGUCUUUCUCCUUCUUUUUUUUUUCCGCGCUGUACAAAGUGUUUAAAAUUUUAUCAUUUGUAUAUUAUGAUGUAUGGGGUACGAUGAUGUUCUUUAUUAUGGGGAAAAAUGAGAAAGAUUUAUUUUUGUUACCGGUUUGUUUCAUAAUUCCUUUUUUGAAAUUGGUAUUGUAAUAUCUCUAUGCAAGGAACUGUUUCGGUGAAUCGUUUUUAUUUAAGAAUGUAAUUACGUGUAAUAAAUGGUAGAAGCAG